AUGUGGACCUCAAACCAGACUCUAGGCUACUUGUGUGUGACUGCUCACUAUAUUGAUGAUGAGUGGGAACUUUAUAAACGGAUCAUAAAGUUCACUCUUGUUGAGUCACCCCAUGAUGGUAGAACUAUGUUCAAUGCCUUGUUGAGAACACUUCAGGAUUGGAACAUUGAAAGCAAUGUAUUUGCAAUUACAUUGGACAAUGCAUUUGUAAAUGAUAACUUUUCAAAAACUUUGCAAGAGAACCUUGUUGAUAAGGGUCAAUUACCUCGCAAAGGAAAAUUGUUUCAUUGUCGUUGUGCUGCACAUGUCUUAAAUCUGAUUGUUCAAGAGGGUUUCAAGUCAAUCAGUAGUGCUACCAAGAACAUUAGAGACAGUGUAAAGUAUGUUAAGAGCUCACAAGCUCGGAAGCAAAGGUUUGAAGAAAUCGUAGAGCAAGUUGGUAUUUCUCCUGGGAAACGACCUCCUCUUGAUGUUGUAACUCGAUGGAAUUCAACAUUCCUAAUGCUCGAGACAGCUCUGAAGUACAGGAAGGUAUAUGAAGCUUUAAAGCAGGGGGACCCGCAAUACUUACAUGAGCCUUCAACCAAGGACUGGAAGGUGGCAAAGAAGCUGUGUAACAUGUUACAGCCUUUCUAUGAAGCAACCAAGAUAGUCUCGGGAUCAAAAUAUCCUACUUCAAGUCGUUACUUUCAUAUGUUGUGGGAAGUGAAGAGAGAGCUGGACAAACAGUCUUCAAUUGGUGACCCUGUGAUUACAACUAUGGUGCAUGGGAUAAGAGAAAAAAUGAACACAUAUUGGGAUCUAUCCUAUUUGAAAAUCUGCAUUCCAGUUAUUCUCGAUCCUCGAUUUAAGAUGCGCUUUCUUGAGUUCCGCUUGAACCAAUGGUUUGAGGAAGAAGCAUUCAGAUAUAGUUCUAAAGUGGAGAAGACAUUUCGAAAGUUAUUUGCUGAAUAUUCCGCAGAAAUCAGUGACCCAUUUCUUGAGAAGGCCCAUAUGAUUGAUGAGAAAGUUGAUGAGAACAAUCCAUGGGCAGAUUGGGGGCAGCAUCAAAGUGCACAGCAAAUGAGUAAAACAAAUGAGUUAGACAAGUACUUAGAAGAAGAAACAAUGUCAGUAGGAUUUGAGCUUGAUAUCUUGCAGUAUUGGAAGAUGCACUCAGGCACUUAUCCAACACUUGCACGAAUGGCACGCGAUAUUCUAGCAGUGCCUGCAUCAACAGUGGCCUCAGAAUCUGCAUUUUCUUCUGCAGGAAGAACUGUGAGUGACUACAGAAGUAGGUUGAAAAAUGAAACAAUAGAAGCUCUUAUUUGCUUUCAAGACUGGUUGAGAUCAGAAGAUAGUGCACAUGAUCAUAUAGCCGGAAACAUAGCUGGAGAUGAGCUUGAUUGCAUCUAA